GCCAGAAUGGAUUGGUCGGCCCUAAUACCGGAUCUACUGGUGGAGAUAGACGCAAGCACGACUUCCAUUGAAGAUUUCUUGGCGUUUAGAGGCGUUUGUGCUUCCUGCCGAGCCGCCGCCGCCACCAAGGACAAAUCCGUUCCUUCAUGAUCGAGAGUUCCACUACUCAUGCUGGCAGAAAAAACAGAGGAAAACCGCCGCCAGGAUCGCGAGUGUUACAGCAUAACGAAACAGAAGAUUUGCUGCAGAUUAUCACUCCCAGAAGCCAAGGGUAAACGAUGCAUCGGAGUCAGAUUCGGAUGGUUCUAACUCUCACGAAUACCGGAUACGUGGGUUUGUUCCCCAGUUUUCCGGCCUACGUUUAUCGAGGCUUCUGGAGGCCUGGAGAUUCGGCCUGGAACCCGGUAGAAUCGGGUACGAGCCAUGGUUUUAGACGUGAAUUACUACAACGGGAAGUUUUACGCAAUCGGUCCUUCUGGAAAACUAUGGAUUUAUGAUCACAAUAGCCCAACACCCGAACUCAAGGUCAGCCGCCCAGAUUACCGGCAUUGUGUACACCGAUAUCUAGUUGAAUCAUCGUCAUCCACUGGACGACAUUUAAUGGUGAUACACCGGGAAGUCGCCGACAAUCGUACUGCAGGUUUCAAAGUGUAUCGAUUGAAUGUGGAGGAUUACAAAUGCGAGGAAAUAUUUGGCCUUGGAGGGGAUUCCAUAUUUUUUUUUGGGGGGCGAUGCUGCAUUUUGCCCCGGAAAGGGAAGCGGAAAGAUGUGGGAUCAAGAGUAAUUGUAUAUAUUUUACGGGCUAUGUUGGAAUUGGAGUUGGAGGCAGGAAUGAUAUUGGGAUUUAUGAUCUUAUAGAUGGACGUAUAGAACGAUUCUAUGGCGUAGUAGAAAGAGACCCCUUUAGUUACGUCUGCCAACCUUUAUGGAUUUCCAUUCAAAAGCUAUAAGCCUGUUAUACAUUGACAGAGGUAUGCACUUACAUUUGCUGCAGUCCGCAUUACACUAUCAAUUUCUUAUAUUUUUCGCUCACAUUUUGAUUUUGAAGAUGAAAUCGGUUUGAUCCUAGUAAUGUGUAGUGAACUGAGAAAUACUUUAAUUGAUUGCCCGAUUACAGAAGGCUUCUGUACGCAACAGGAUGAUAGCUAGUUAUGUAUGAUCAGAAUAGAGAGGACCUACAUUAAUUCAGGCACACAUUUAACAAUCAAACAGCUUCAACAUAAUUAAAACGAUAAAAUGCGUAAUAAUUAGUAGUUCUUCUGCGACAAACAUCAUCAAAUAACACACGCUCUGCGGCAGCAGAGCAGAACCACAUAGAUUAUGAUACUAGUCUUAAGAGGUAACAGCUAGUUAUCAAACUAAAUAAGCAGCUUAACAGUUUCUGUUCCACAUUCCACAUUCCAAAAUACAACAUGGAUAGGAAUUGUGCGAUAUAAGUAGAAAAGACAAGAUAAUUAGAACAGUUUCAUCAAUUCUUGGUCUUAAAAGGGGGCCUAAAUUGAUUAAAUUAAGGGCACUUGGGUCCUCCUUCUUUGGUCUUCCAGUUAUUGUAGCAAGGGCAAACACCUUUGUUGCCAUAAAAGCCAGGGGGAACACAGAGGCACUUGCUGCAGCAUUUCUGGCAGAAGAACAUGCAAGGCUUGUGGUACUGCGUUUUGCUGCAUCUCCUCGCGCAUUGUGACGGGCAUUCUGUUAAUUAUUGUCAAAUCAACCAAGAAUUCUGUCAUACUUAUGAGUUUAUGAAGGACCAAGUAACAAUUUUCUGGUUUUUUCAACAGAGUCAUAACCAACAAGAAAUCAGCUUCAGUGAGAAAUGAUGAAUAAGUUGCAAGGAGGAAUUACUUACGGGAACUCUUGAGACUUCCAGGGCCAUAGUUCUGAAAUCGAAAAAGACAAGAGUAAGAUGAGCAGAUAAAUCAUAAAUGUGAGUGGACCAUAGUGAAAAAAACCAUGGUGAAAAAAAAUGAAACAAAAAAAGAGGAAUAAUGAGCAGAAUGCAGACCCCUUUGUGAUGAUGCCCUCCUUUAGAUGCCAACACCUACAAAUUGCAACAUUUGGAGCAGAAACAUGGUGUUAGAACACCUCAUUCCAGAUGGAUAUUACGGCAUUUUCAUGAACAAUUGAAAAGUGGAAGAAGAAGACUCACCAAUGCAGUUUCUUGAAGCA